UUACUCUUCUUUGCAUCUGCUGUGUGAAAACCAAAUUAACUUUAUGUUCAUGUUAUCUCAUAUAUCCAAAUGAUGUCAUAACCAAAGAUUGGAAGGGAAUGUUGAAAAAUUAAGAAAGUUUUAUUUCUUGGAGGUUCCAGCUUCAGUGGGAGCUCCUUUCCCAAUGACACCUCAGUCCAUGGUUUAUACCCAACCAGGAUUAGAGACCAGCAAUUCUUCCACUCUAUCCACAGGAAAUAAGGAAGAUGUGGAUUCCUUCAUGAAACAGCCUGGGAAUGAGACUGCGGAUACAGUACUAAAGAAACUGGAUGAACAGUACCAGAAGUAUAAGUUUAUGGAACUCAACCUUGCUCAAAAGAAAAGAAGGCUUAAAGGUCAGAUUCCUGAAAUUAAGCAGACUUUAGAAAUUCUAAAAUACAUGCAGAAGAAAAAAGAGUCCACCAAUUCACUGGAGACCAGAUUCUUACUGGCAGACAACCUGUAUUGCAAAGCUUCGGUUCCUCCUACUGAUAAAGUGUGUCUGUGGUUGGGGGCUAAUGUAAUGCUUGAAUAUGAUAUUGAUGAAGCUCAGGCAUUGUUGGAAAAGAAUUUAUCAACUGCCACAAAGAAUCUUGAUUCUCUUGAGGAAGACCUUGAUUUUCUUCGAGAUCAAUUUACUACCACCGAAGUCAAUAUGGCCAGGGUUUAUAAUUGGGACGUAAAAAGAAGAAACAAAGAUGAUUCUACCAAGAACAAAGCAUAAUUCUGGCAGUGAAAAAUGUGAUUCGGUUUUCCAAACAUGUUCUUUUAAGUACUCCAAAGUUUAUUCUUAAAGGUUGACAUUAGUUUGAAUGGUUUUUUUAAACAGUAAGAGUGAUAAUUAAAACUUUAAAAAAGGAGAUAAACACCAACACCAUUUUAUUUAUUUAUAAAAACAAAAUUAGUUUCAAAUAUUUUAUGGAAUUAUCCGUAUGUUUAUUUUUUUCAAAUUUCCAACAAAGUAAAUGCUACUUUCAUCUGUUAUUUUUUCGUGUGUGUAAUAAGAAAAGUCUUAGUUAAAAUGGCUGAAAACUGAUAUAUGCUAUGGAGGUGGAAUUCUGGACACUUCAGCUCAGUUUACUUUUUCUUCAUUAGCUGAUGUUACGCUCACUUGACUAUGUGCAAACUUGUUUUUCUUUAGUACAUGUGGGGCUUUACGGUCCUCUGUUGCCGUUAUUUAUUAUAAUAUUUUGUACUUUACAGGAAAUGGUCAUUUGCCUUCCUAAAUGUUAAGAGGGCUAUUAUCCCCUAUAAGUGCACAGUGUCUUUGCAAUGCCAACAUAAGGGAGAUUUCAGCCAACAUGAAAUAACAAAAUUACCCACUCAAAACUCUUGGCUAAGGUAAUUUUGUAUUUCUUAGUAGUUCUCCCAAGCAGCUGAACAGGAAUAUUAAGAUUAAUAAAAACUACGGUUGAAAAGACUUAAGAGUUUUUUUGUUCAUGAUAAAAUCUUAUAGGAAUAGUAGAAAAUCCUCAUGGAGAGCCAAUAGUGAGUGAUACAGAUUCUGGUAAAAACACAAAUGUAUUAUUCCAUCUCCAUAUAGUAAAAAUGUACUUGUACAAUGUUUUUUACUUGCAUUUCAUGAUAUUA